GCAUCUUCGGAGACCGAUACUGCGGACGAGAAGUUCCUCACGCCAGAGGGAAGCAACCAUUCCGAUGUGGACACUCUGAGCUAUGAGCAGCGUCUCGAGGAGAUUCGUAUCGCUAACCCGCAAGGUGUAACAUCGGUACAGGGUGGCGUCGAUGUUGAACAGGCCGAGGAGGACUUUUCAGAUCUGAAUAGACAAUUUUCAAGCAUUUCGCACCAAGCUCGUCGAUUGUCAAGACAUGCUUCUCGGGCAUCUAAACCGACGGCCACUGUUGAUGAAGAAAAGGCGAGAAGCUCGAAUGACUCCGAGGAGUGGGAUUUAGAGACGGCUCUUAGGGGGAAUCGCGCUGCGGAGGAUGAAGCUGGGAUCAAGGAUAAGCGUAUCGGCGUGAUUUGGGACGAUCUCUCAGUGCGUGGAAUCGGUGGCGUUAAAACAUACAUCAAAACGUUUCCCGAUGCCAUUAUUGACUUCUUUAACGUCCCACAAACACUCAUGAACAUUUUCGGCUUGGGGAAAAGUGGCAAAGAAUACAAUAUACUGGAGGGCUUUCGCGGUUUGACUCGACCGGGGGAAAUGGUUUUGGUCUUAGGCCGGCCAGGCUCGGGAUGUACAACAUUUCUUAAGGUUAUUGCCAACCAGCGUGCUGGAUACACCGGCGUCGGUGGCGAAGUCUUGUAUGGUCCUUUCGAAUCAGACACAUUUUCCAAAAGAUUCCGGGGCGAAGCCGUAUACAACCAAGAGGAUGAUAUCCACCACCCGACCCUAACUGUCUCACAGACAUUAGGUUUCGCUCUGGACACCAAAACUCCAGGGAAACGUCCAUAUGGCGUGGGAAAAGCCGAGUUCAAGGAAAAAGUGACCCGAAUGCUACUUCGUAUGUUCAAUAUUGAGCACACGGCCAACACCGUGAUCGGUAAUCAGUUCAUUCGUGGCGUGAGUGGUGGUGAGCGCAGGCGGGUGAGUAUUGCAGAGAUGAUGAUCACUAGUGCGACUGUGCUGGCCUGGGAUAACAGCACACGUGGUCUGGAUGCAUCUACUGCGUUGGACUUUGCCAAGUCUCUCCGAAUCCUGACAAACAUUUACAAAACAACCACGUUUGUCUCUCUGUAUCAAGCUUCAGAGUCUAUUUACAAUCAGUUCGACAAGGUUCUAGUCAUAGAUAGUGGACGAUCUGUUUUCUUCGGACCAACCAAUGAAGCACGUGCCUACUUCGAGGGCCUUGGUUUCCGCAAGAAGCCCCGACAGACCACACCAGACUACCUCACAGGAUGUACCGACCCUUUUGAGAGAGAGUUCCAGGAUGGAAGAAGUGCUGCCGACGUUCCAUCGACACCUCAGACUCUUGCUGAUGCCUUUGAGAAAUCAGUUCAUAGCAAGCGACUCGAUGAAGAGAUGCUGGCUUAUCGUGCUCAGAUCCAACACGACAAGCAAGUCUUUGAGGAUUUUGAACUCGCAAACCAACAAGCAAAGCGGAAGUUCACGGCCAAAUCAUCUGUGUACUCCAUCCCUUUCCACCUACAGAUUUGGGCCUUGAUGCAACGGCAAUUCUUGAUCAAGUGGCAAGACAAGUUUGGUCUGACAGUCUCAUGGGCCACUUCAACUGGCAUCGCAAUCAUCCUUGGUACUGUCUGGCUGAAGCAACCAGAGACCAGUGCUGGUGCAUUUACUCGAGGAGGUCUCCUGUUUACCAGUAUGCUGUUUAAUGGAUUUCAGGCUUUUGCAGAACUCGCAUCCACGAUGAUGGGACGUUCUAUCGUGAACAAGCAUCGCUCAUUCACAUUUUAUCGCCCAAGUGCUCUAUUCCUGGCUCAAAUCUUUGUGGACACCACAUUCGCUACUUUCAGAGUUUUCAUCUUCAGCAUAAUUGUCUAUUUCAUGUGUGGCCUAGCUCUAGACGCUGGUGCCUUUUUCACCUUUGUCCUGUUCGUGCUAAGUGGAUAUGUUUGCAUGACAGUGUUCUUCCGAACGAUUGGGUGUCUGAGUCCUGACUUUGACUAUGCGAUGAAGUUCGCGGCUGUAAUGAUCACACUUCUCGUGUUGACUUCGGGUUACAUGAUCCAAUGGUCCAAUGGUCAGGUGUGGCUACGAUGGAUUUAUUAUAUUAAUCCGUUUGGCCUUGGAUUUUCGUCAUUGAUGAUCAAUGAAUUCAGUCGCUUAACGAUGACAUGUGUAUCAACAUCUUUGGUGCCCCAUGGUGCCGGCUAUGACGAUAUUGCCCAUCAGGCGUGCACUCUCGCAGGUGGUGAUUCGGGCUCCGACAUCAUUCCCGGAUCCAAUUACCUUGCAAAAACAUUCAGCUAUUACAGGUCAGAUCUGUGGCGGAACUUUGGCAUCAUGCUUGCAUUGAUUAUCGGCUUUCUUGCUAGUAAUCUGUACUUCGGAGAGGCCAUUCAGUUCGAUGCGGGUGGAAAGACAAUUACCUUUUAUCAAAAGGAGAACAAGGAACGGAAGGAAUUGAACGACGCCUUGGCUACGAAGAAAGCCAACCGCCAAACAAAGACCGUGGAUGCAGGAGCUAAUGUGGAGAUCACAUCGAAAUCAGUGUUUACCUGGGAAGAUGUUUGCUAUGAAGUGCCUGUGCCAUCGGGAACCCGACAACUUCUUAACUCCGUUUACGGAUAUGUUCAGCCAGGCAAACUGACAGCUCUGAUGGGUGCAUCAGGUGCAGGCAAGACCACCCUAUUGGAUGUACUGGCGGCGCGGAAAAAUAUCGGUGUGGUUACAGGAGAUAUCCUUGUCGACGGAAAGGCUCCAGGUACCGCGUUCCAGCGAGGCACAUCUUACGCUGAACAGGCGGAUACGCACGAGGCAAUGCAGACCGUGAGAGAGGCUUUGCGCUUCUCUGCCGAUCUUCGCCAGCCAUUCGAAACCCCACAAUCUGAAAAAUACGCCUACGUUGAGGAAAUUAUCGGCUUGCUUGAGCUGGAGAACCUGGCAGAUGCAAUCAUCGGAACUCCGGAAACUGGUCUUUCAGUUGAAGAGAGAAAGAGAGUCACUAUCGGUGUCGAACUCGCUGCAAAGCCUGAACUACUCCUCUUCUUAGAUGAGCCUACCUCUGGUCUUGACGGCCAAUCGGCUUUUAAUAUCGUUCGCUUCUUGAAGAAACUGGCAACAGCCGGUCAAGCUAUUCUCUGCACGAUCCAUCAGCCUAAUUCGGCAUUGUUCGAAAAUUUCGAUCGGCUCUUGCUUCUCCAGCGGGGUGGCCAGUGCGUGUACUUUGGUGAAAUUGGCUACGACUCCCAGAUCCUGCGGGACUACUUCUCUAAAAAUGGUGCCGAUUGUCCCGAAGAUGCUAACCCUGCUGAAUGGAUGCUCGAUGCCAUUGGCGCAGGACAAACUCGCCGGAUCGGUGAUCGCGAUUGGGCUGAUAUUUGGCGAACUUCCCCUGAAUUGGUCCAAGUGAAAAAAGACAUCAUUCAAAUCAAAGCAGAGCGAGCUCAGAUGAACCAAGACCACACAGAACAGGCUGGCUCAGUAAUCGAAAAAGAGUACGCAUCGCCCCUUUGGCAUCAGAUCAAAGUGGUUGGCCGUCGAACCUUCCUUUCCUUCUGGAGAUCCAAGAAUUACGGAUUCACUCGACUGUUCACCCAUGUUGCUCUAUCUCUGAUCACCGGACUUGGCUACAUGAAUCUAGAUGACUCUCGCUCUUCACUGCAGUAUCGUGUCUUUGUCAUCUUCAACGUCACUGUGCUCCCAGCAAUUAUUCUCCAGCAGGUUGAGCCACGUUUCCACAUGGCCCAAAUGAUCUUCUACCGAGAAUCUGCGUCCAAAACAUAUAGUCAAUUUGCCUUUGCACUUUCCAUGGUCCUCGCCGAAAUUCCCUACAGUGUCAUCUGUGCUGUGUGUUUCUUUUUGCCACUCUACUACAUCCCCGGAUUCCAAACCGAAUCCAGUCGAGCAGGUUACCAAUUCUUCAUGGUUCUCAUUACUGAGUUCUUCGCCGUGACACUGGGACAAAUGAUCGCAGCCCUGACACCCAACAGUUUUAUCGCCUCACAGCUCAACCCUCCAAUCUCUAUCAUCUUCUCCUUGUUCUGUGGAGUCACAAUUCCUCGCCCACAGAUGCCCAAAUUCUGGCGCGCCUGGCUCUACCAGCUGGAUCCUUUUACUCGGCUUAUCAGUGGUAUGGUCGUGACAGAGCUUCAUGGACGCAAUGUUGAAUGCAAAACAUCCGAGUACAACCAGUUCACUGCUCCAGCUAAUCAGACCUGUGGUGAAUACAUGUCCGACUUUUUCGAGCGUGGAGGAGCUGGUUAUUUGCUGGAUAAUGCCACGCAAGUGUGCGAAUACUGCGCAUAUAAAGUUGGAGAUCAAUUCUACGAAACAUAUGAGAUGAGCUUCACCCACCGAUGGCGAGAUCUGGGGAUCUUCAUCGCGUUUGUCUGUUCUAACUUGAUCAUUUUGUUCCUAGCGUCUCGAUUCCUUAAUUUUAACCGGAGAUAG